AUGACGUCGCUAAUGCCGAAUUGGUUAAUUCCAGAUAAACGCCAAUCACACGAAAAAUUCUUUUUCAAAACCAUAUCUCUUGCAGAAACUGCCGAAGCGGCAGCCGCUGGAGAAGUUGCGGCAGCGACCACAACCGAAGUGGCAGCGGACGCCUCCGAAGCAGCUGAUCGGAGAACGAUCAUCGGCGGUAUUAUUUCAGGCGCUACUAUAGCAGCAGCUGCUGCGGCAUUGGCAGCCGCAAUCACAAAGCAUAACGACGCUGUCAAAGUAGAAAAGCAAGCCCAAGAUGUCGUAAACGGCAACAAGACCGCGCUCAGGCAAAAACAGCUGACGAAAAAGCAAGCCGAAUUAAAGGUACAACACGAAAAGGAUGUAUUGGCAGUCAAACAGAAGCAGCUGAAGGAGGCACAAGAAAAAGAACAAGAUGCACAAGACGUAAAAGAUGUUUUGAACGCGGCUCAUGUCGGCAUCGAGAAGAUUGGAAAGAAAAUCAAGGAGAGAAAAACGAGCCGGACAAUUACAACGGCACAAAGAAAGGUAGGAAACUAUGCGUACCAAUUUAAUACAAAGACAAUAUCGUGCCCAGUUACGUACGUGUUGGGCGUAAAAAUGAAUUUUUAGGCAUGAUCAUUAAACUCCGGCAUGCUAAUGUAGGAAUAGCCAUAUACCAUAAGAUAAAAAAGUUUAUAUCAUUCAUACAGUACAGCAAUCGUAUUAAAAGUAAUGCAACCUUGGCUUGUAUUACGCCAUGCAUGUGAGGUAGUAUUUGAUUGUUCUCACCAGGCAAAUCUGAACUAAAAAUGAAGACAAAACAACAUUCACAUGCUUGACAAAACACACAAACUUUUAAUUCAAGCAAAUAUCUCACACUAUUUGUUGGUAUAACACACAGAGAGCACCUAUAUAUAUCUUACAAUUGAAGAUAAAAACUUAUUGAAUACCCGCCUUAGAAAGUUGUUCCUUUUGUCAUCUUUCUGUCAAAACUAUUGCUUCGAAGUGAUAUAAGUUUUAAAUUAAUGAAAAGAAUUUUAGGUAUUUCUUCGUAUCAAACGCUAUAUUUUUCAAAAUCAAAAACAUAAACAAAAAUCCACCGCUUUUCAAUUAAAUUUCUUCGGAGCGUGCGCGCAUCCUGUAAAUCAAGAUGGAGGGUAACUCGGUACCUGCACUGAACUCUCUAAGGGCCUGUCGCUGUGGGCAAAAGAUAACCCGGUUAGCGAGAAAACGUUUCGACAAGUUUACAAGCGAGAUGGUAUGAAAAUAAUAUGAAAAGUUACACUGCGUUCAUACGAGACAAAAAGUUUUACCGUGUACCGAGAUCUCGCCUGCUUGUUGACAGGCAAGAUCUCGGUGACCGGGAUGUUUUUCCCAUUUGAACACAACUUUCCAGUUUAGCGGGAUAACCCUCUGUCGUGUUAGCAACUUUUCAAUUCAAUUCAUGUUAAGUGCUACGUCAGAGCCGGAAACUUUACCCGGUAAGCGGGAUAACGUUUCUCCAUAUGAACAGAACAAAAAGUAUUUGGCUAGUCGAAAAGUUUUCUCGUUAACCGGGAUAACUUUUGCCCAUUUGAACAGGCCCUAUAGGGCCUAAAAUUCCUGGAACGAGAACUUGGUGGCCAUGUUUGAAGCCACUCAUGAUGGCACCUAAAGAAUUCGCGGAAACGAAAGCAAAACUCUAUUUUUAUGUUUCGACUUCUCAUGAUCACAUAAAUUUUCGUUUGUCUCACGGAUACGAGUUUGUUGGCUCAUGCAGAAUACAGAGUUGCUCAACUUUUGCCAAAGGCCUUUUUCGGCCUUUUUGCCUUGGCUUUUUUUGUUCACAUAAUUCAAAAUGGUUGAUUAUAUACAAGACUCGGGAAACGUUUUGCCAUUUCACAUUUCAAAAUACGAACGCAAGUUACAUUUGACUGAGUGACCAAACACCCGUUCGUUAAAGUAAAUUGGUUCACAACCUUCCAGUCUUUUCCAAAAAGAAAUUCCUAGCUUGGAUAUCUCGACCGGUGGAGACUAAGCCCUAUAUACUAGGCAAGACCAGGUCAAGAAUAGCGUGCUCGAUUUUUUUUAUCACGAUUGCAAUGAAAAUUAUCCUUAUUUCUCUCUAGAUUUAAGUUUGACGUGCAAGUUAAACGUAACAGAACAUGCAUGGUCCUUGAUAAUCACAACUAGAAUAGUCAACAACGGUCAUUUUGAAGACACUGAAAACAAUAAGGAAUAAUCUUUAAAAACGUAGAUAUAUAUAAUUUUAUAAUAAUAAAAAUAGUAAUAAUAAGAAGUGAAAUACUUUACAAUUACAUGUUGUCACUCAUUGCAUGGAACACCUUAAUGUGCACAAAACUAGUCCAGUUUAUCGAAUAAAUUAAAGGUUUCAUGCACUGAUUUGUUUGACUUAUUUCGCAAUCAAUGCGAAGCAAUAUACGUUUUUGCGUCUACUGUUGUCCAAGCAACCUAUGGCAGCUACGGUGACGUGUUUCUGAAUUCAAUGGGUUUGCAGUUUGUUUUGUCAAUGUAAGUCACGUGCAUGCGUAAGUCGUAUUUAGAAAUUAAGUCAUGGCCAUAUUGUAAACACUAGACUGGACUAGGUUUGGAAUGGACUCUGGACUUAAAAUUUCGUUCUAAAAACACUGCGCGGAAUAAAUAACUACAAACAGUACAUGAAUCUUCAGAGUACUGCCUCUAUAAUCAUUCAUAUAUAUUGUUGCUUCGUUCUUUAAAACCAUUGCGCGAACUAAACAAUUAACAGUACAUAACCUCCAAAGUACUGCCUCAUAAUCACACUUAUUUUUCAUAUUACUCGGUCUCCUUUGUUCUUUAGAGGAAAUUUAUUUAAUAUCCCCUGCCGGGUUAAGUGUGUGAAAAGCUGGGGGCGGCUUUUGAUUUCAACAGGGGAGAGCGGGGCUGAAAACAA